GUUUAAAAUAUUUUAUAUUAUUUAACAACGUUUUCAGAAUCUUAAUAAAAUGACUUGUAAUCUAUUAUAUCAUCUUUGCAGAGAACUAUAUUAUGGGGCAAAUAGUUUUAUACCUUUACUCUUUAGGCCCAAAGAUACUAAUAAUCGGCUACAGUGCCGCUGUUUGUUAGUAUGUAGCCUAAUUAUAAUUACUGGAGUGAGCCAACAGGAAAAAAUUGUUAUUCUUUGAUUAGCCAACCGGCACUCAAAACUCUUGACCUUGUGCCAGAACAGAACCCAGGUCGAUGCGCGAACAACACAGCAGAACAGGUUUCCAGUGCAUAAUGCAAAAAAUUCUUCAACAACAUGAUUGUGAUGCUGGCUAGUGGAGUAGGAAGCGCUCAAGUUCUGGUUAUCACAUUCAGUAGUUUCUGUUUGCAAGAGACUGAACUAAAAUUUUGCGAAAUAAUCAAGUCUCCUCAGUGCUAGUUUCAAUCGUAACGUUGGUACUUGGUACUGUAAUUGCAGGCUCCUACCUGUCUGUAAUCUUCUUGUAUCAAAUUAUUGAGUGAACAUCUCUUUUGAGUUUCCGUGAUGGAGCCUUCACAUGCUGUCCUUCUUGGAUUACUAGUUAUUUCUCUACAAUUCACUACACUAUUAACAGCCAGCUUAGGUAACGAUUCACUGAACUAUGAUAGAAACCGUGAUUUAAGGAAUGAGAAGGAAGGAAGUGGUAACUAUGAAGAAACAAGUGAAAUCUCUGCUGCCAGUGAUGGAGAAAAUAUACAAAUUGAGGUUAAUAUUGGAGAGGUUGAAGAAAAUAUCACUACUGUAGAGCAAGAAAAAAUUCUUGAAGGUAGUAAGCACAGAGGAGGAUGGAGUGAGGGGAGCGAUGAUCGAAAAAUUAUUGAGGGUGACAAUGAAGGGGGUGGGAGCAAGGAAGAAGAAGAUGUUGACAGUGAAGGAAGUGGGAGCAAGGGAGAAGAUAUUGACAGUGAAGGUAGUGAUGAGAUAGAGGCAAGUGCAGGUAGAAGAGACAACAAAUCAAAUUCACACUGUUUUUAUCUCUGUGACAAACCCUACAUGUGCAAUUCAGAUGAAGUAAAAUGGUUUGAACUCGAUUUCAAGGGGAAUAGAUGUGUUAAUGUGUGUGGUACAAAUCUAAACUGUGAACAUUCCAGCCAAUUGUCCUCCACAACUCCAAGGCAUAAAUUUGGUUAUGGUUAUGGUGUUUUAAAAACUAGGAGCUAUUCUUGUGGCGCAAACCAAAGACAAGACAUAAAUGGAAUUUGCAGGAAUAAAACUGCAGGAUGAUUCUAAAUUUAUCUCCUUUACUUGUUCUGACUGUUGGAUAAAUUUGUUCAGCAAAUAAAAAGAAAUUUAUUACAACUUAACCGUACGUUUUUCUUGUAAAUUGAUAAUUAUGAUAAAUUGAUAAAAGAGUUGAAUUAAGAAUUGAAUUGUAAUAGACUUCAAUAGUUUACUAUACUCAAGGAUAAAUUGAGAGUUUCUAAUAAGAUCUAUACCAUAGCAGUGAAUAAGUGAUGAUACUAUAUUUUAUUUAUACUUUUAUUUUAUGACACUUUCGAAAUAAUUAUUAUAACAAUUAAUUUUAUUUUUCAAUUGCCUAAACGUAAGAAAACAUGAGUCGUGAAUUUUUCAUACUGGCACCGGUAGUUACUUUGAACCUGUAUUUGGUAUUUUGAAUAGAAAUAUGGAUAGAACUGUUUGAUCAUCUCAUGGCACCUGUUCCAUAAGAAUCUAAAAACUGGAAAACUAAUAGUGGAAGCCUAUAUGAGCACACUUCGCUAAAUUAAAGCCAUUUAAAAAUGAAACAGAAAAUUGGACACAUGCAUUCAUUCUCGCAUUAUUCGCCAGAGACUUAUUCUAUAGAAAUAAAAAAAUCUUGUAGAAGAGAAACAGCGGUCAGUUUAAGCUGAAUGUGCAUCUUAUCUAGAAUAGGAGGGCAAGGAUGUAUUAAAUUUUGGUUUGCUCACAAAACUGGAUAGUUACGCUAUUUAUAGACGUAUAUAGUACAUAAUAAAGAUACAAUAUUACAAGAUUUCAUGAAGAAAUUGAAUUCGUCGGUGCGGAACAAUUUAAACCUCAAAGAAUAUGUUUUUUGAAAAGAUAUUGCAUUCAAUAUUUUGAAAAAAAUAGUACAAAUCCAUUAUUGAUAUCAUCACAUCAUUAAUAUAAGCAAUUAAGACAUUCGUGAAAGACAUUCACGAGCUUAAAGGGAGUGAUGACAAUGAGAGAGAUAUAAGGACACUGAAGAGAGUGAUAUCACUAUUAGCUACGACGAAGUAGUAAAGCUAAUAAUUUUCUGCUGCACAAACCUGAAUUCUUGUGCAUUGCCGAAGCUGAAAAUUCAUUAAAUGUUAUGGGAAUUCAAAAUUUCCAGAUUCCUGUUUCAUCCACCAGAGAUAGAACUUGAUAGAUGUAGAAGUAGUAUUAUAGUAAUUGAUGUAUGCCAUACUUCAGAUUUCAACCCUCUUCAAUAAACAUUUCUUGGAAAAUAUAUAUUUCAUAAGAUAUCUUAAAAAAUAAAAUUAUUAUUGUUUUAUCAUCCCUUAUUCAAGACUAUUAUUAUAUACAUUCUUGAAGAUUUAAAAAAAAAAAAUUAAGUACUACAGUAUCGUAUGAAUAAUGAAAUAGGCUCCUACUAACUGCCAUAAUUUCAUUUGAUAAUAAUUUAAUACAAUAUUAUUUCAAUAUCAUAAUUAAAUGAUGCUAAAUUUACAGUAUCACGAAUGUAUGAAUGAUUACAGAAAAUGUAUUCCUACCGCAGAAAUAUGUUAUAGGUACAGUGAAUUACAUGACAGAGUCUAUAAUGGAAUUUUCAAUAAAUACAUUUUGUAAUGGAAAACAUUGAAAUGGAAUGUUUAUGAAAUUGCCAGACUUAGGCCUGGGAGAAUUCCACGAAAAUCAAUUAUUAGAGAUGGUUUUUCUGAGAAGAAGGCUUCUGUGAUUAGUUCUCGUAGAAUUUAAUCGGGAUUUAAAGUUAACAGACUUUUGUGCAACCUGGUGACAGUUUAAUAGUCUUUAUAAUUUUGCUAUCUUU